AUGGAUCCCGCCCGGCCUUCGGUACCCCCAACUGAGCCCUGUCACACCCCUUCAGGCCGAACCACAACUCCCUCCAACAUGGUAAGGCCCGACCGCCACCGCCACCAAUUCAAGGUUAUCUCCGCCAAUGUACGUGGUCUCCGAACGAACAUCGGAGACCUAACCCACAACUGUGUACUACAACACGGUGCAGAUGCAGUUGUGGUGACGGAGACCUGGCUGAACGGAGAGGUGGAGCCAUCGUUCGGCAAAAUAGGUGGCUACACUCACUGGGCCAGGAGAGACCGACAGGAUAGAGCUGGAGGCGGAGUGGCUGUCUGCUUCAGGGAGGGAGUGCAGGCACAACAACUCGACGUGGACACGCCGCCUCAGCUGGAGGUGAUGUUCUUCCGGGUUGUGCUGGCCAACCACUCUGCCCUCCUGCUGUGCGCCAUGUACCGCCCCCCUCCCCGGCAGGGGCCUGACUCGCUCCUGUACCUCAAGGAGGCCCUAGAUGUCCUCCUUGUGACUCACCGCUGCCAACACAUCUUGCUUGUGGGCGACCUCAACCACCACCUGGAGCGCGACACCUACAAAAACCUCCUGACGGUGCAGGGCCUGAAGGACCAUGUGACCUUCCCCACUCAUGAGCGGGGCGGGACCCUGGACCCCGUCAUAUCCGACCUGGAGGAGGACACAUUCAGCUGCCACCAGCUGGGUCUCGUGGGCAGCUCUGACCACCAUGCUGUCCUGACCCAGGUGGACAUGGGUGUGGCUCGUGACGAGGCCACCACUCGCACAGUCUGGCUAUGGGAUAGGGCAGACUGGGGCUCCCUUCGCCGAGACCUGCGCAGGACUGACUGGCCUUCCAUCCUGCAGGAUGGAGCGGAGGUACAGGCGCGAGCCUUCACUUCCCGCCUCUUGGCGCUCCAGGAGCAACACGUGCCCCACCGUGAGUUCGUCGCCAGACCAACGGACCAGCCUUGGUUUGGCUACCGCUGCCGCGUUGCCGCCGAGGCGAAGUAUUCUGCGUGGCUCCGCUACAAGCAGAGUCCUACUCAGCGCAACAAAGACCUACAUCGUGCGGCCUGCAAGAGGAUGGUGACGACUUGCCGGUGGGCCGUAGGGAGGUGGAAGGAGGACCUGCAGCGCCAGCUAGUAGGCCCUGGAGUGGGCAACAAGACUUGGUGGUCCCUUGUUAAGGGCAGACAGGGACUCAACCGUCAAGACACUGUCCCUUCUCUCACAAGGCCCGACGGAACGGUGGCCACCAGCAGCAAGGACAAAGCCCAGCUGCUGGCCACCCUCACCGCCUCUUCUGGAGCAGCAGUGCAGAGAGACUGUAACCAAGGUGGAGGUGAGGUGACGCAGGGACUUGUCGAGCGUCUGCUGCAGGGGCUCGAUGUACAAAAAGCUACUAGUCCCGACAACAUCAGCCCGCACGUUUUGAAACAAUGUGCCCGUGAGCUGGCUGUACCCCUCACCACAGUCUUCUCUGCCUGCUUAUGGGAAAAUACCUGGCCCUUAGUGUGGAAAGAGGACCGGGUAGUUCCCGUACACAAGAGGAGCUCCAGUUUGAGUUCAGACCUGGGCGGUCCACCUUCCGAUCUCCUCAUGCUCCUCACCGGGGACUGGCAGGACGCCCUUGACGGCGGCCUCGACUCUGUUGUGGUGGCCCUGGAUAUAGCGGGCGCCUUCGACAGGGUCUGGCACGGGGGCCUUCUGGAAAAGCUGAGGGCAAAGGGGAUCCAGGGUGACCUCUUUCAGCUCCUUGGCGACUACCUCCAAGGAAGGACCCUCCAGGUCAAUGGGCAAGCGUCCGAGUCCCUCCCGGUGAGAGCGUCAGUGCCACAGGGCUCGGUGCUGGAGCCAGUCCUGUGGAACAUCUACGUGGACGAUCUUCUCCGACAGCUGCCGGCGGUCUCAGCUUAUGCUGACGAUUGCACUCUCUCCUGUACCUACCCUCGACACGAAAGUGAGUCCGUCAAGAUUCUGGGGGUGGAGGUGAAUCGAGGGCUGCGGUUUGACCGCCACGCCCUUGUGGUGUUCCAUAAGGCACAGGUACAGGGUGUGCCACAUCUGGCGGGACUACGGCUGCCCACCAGAGUCACCUCCCGGGACACGAGAACGGGCAGUGGAGGACGUAGUGAGUCAACGGCUGAACAGGGGUACGCAAGCAGUGAGGGCAAGACUCAAGCUCAUUCCUAG